AUGUCAGGACCAAGUGCUCACUUCUAUCAAUUCAAUCCAUUUUCACCGUCGAAACACACCCUUAACACUGAUGAAGGAAUAAUAGACAUGGAUAUUUGGGGGCGAAUGGAAACGUCCUACUUAAACGACAGUACCUCCUUGACUCAUUGGGCUCAAAAUUACCCAUUCACAUAUAAUGGUUACCCAAUGACCAGCGUGAUGUUUCCUCGUCUACCAACAGUCGUGAAAUGGACUGAAUUGCCGAAACCUUUUGCCGAGUCGUAUUUCUGUGAUGCACGUCCUUAUUCCAAAGAUUAUGGCGGCUUUGACGCCAUCACCUUCGGAAACUUACUGCAAAUUCUGAAUUUCACACCCUACACCUUUCGUCCCGUCAACGAGUACGGCUACCAGCUCGACAACGGAACUUAUAUAGGCUCCAUUGGAGACGUCCUCUACUCCAAAGCAGGGUUCUCAUCAAACGGACGCUUUGUUCAGGAUUACGGAACAUCAGAGAUAGAAUUCAUGUAUCCAACUUUCUUCGACAAGUUCUGCAUAAUAGCACCAAAAGCCCAACAAAUCCCACAAUGGCUGGCAGUUUUCCGAUGCUUCAAUCCAUACGUUUGGACCCUCUUUCUAGUCUCCACCACAAUUCUAGGAUUUAUCUGGUACCUCUUCAAAAAAUGGACCUGUUACCUACACAAAAACAGGCUAAUUACCAAGAAAACUGACGAACUGAUAUCACCAUUGCACGAUACUAUCCCAGUAGCGAUCAUCGACAUGUGGCUGAUCAUGACAUCAGGAGUUCCAUCAAUAUUACCAUAUCACUCAGUGGAGAGACUGUUCAUGACGGGGUGCCUGCUUCUAAGCUUGACAAUCGGAGGAACAUUCCAAGGAUCUCUUACGACUUCAUACAGUACAAAAUCUUACUACGCCGACAUCCACACACUGAAGCAGCUCGAUGAGUCCGGACUGCCAAUCGGGACCUCAUCAAGAAAUCUAGCUAACAUUCUGGACAGUGAUAAUAAUCCUGUGCUCAACUCCUUGCAGAAAAAAUUCAUUAUUUCGUCAGUUCCAGUGAUCGAUCAAACUGCAUUCAAGAGGGACAUUUGUUGCAUUGAAAGAGCUUCUGAUAUUACAGUUAUAAUGACGACAACAUUUGAGCUCGCCGAUGGAUCAGCAUUACUCCAUGUCAUUGAAGAAUGCCCGCGAUCCUAUCACCUGGCUUUCAUCGUUCGGAAGGGAUGGCCCUUUUUAACUCGUUUCAACGAAAUUGUCAUGAGAUUUUCCGAAGCAGGUUUCCUGUUCUUGUGGUAUGAGCAGGCGGAAACAGCUAUUAUACUUUCAGAACGUAUCAAACGCCUCAAGGACCUCAAGGAUACCCUUCAGGCGUUCAGUUUGGAGGACAUGCAAACUGCCUUUUAUAUUUUGUUGAUUGGUUUGAUAUUUUGUACGAUUAUAUUUUUCUUUGAGUUGUGGCUAGGAAGGAGAAAGGAGGGAAUUAGGAUUAGAGAGAAAACUAAGGAAAUUGGUGAUGUGAUGUGUAAUGCUAUAAAGCCAAGGAAAGUGUUUUACAUAAACUAA